UAAAAAUGUUAUUUUCUAUACAGCAAAUCUGAAUUAAUUUUUGGGAAUGUGCAAUGAUGUUCAUUACCGAUACGGCACCGUUUCGCACCAAUAGUCCCGUCGAAAUACGAGAGAGUCUUCACUUUCCACACUCUGACUCAGGCGAGACGACACCACUCAACGAAAAAUAAAAUGGAGACAGAAGUUGCGAGGCCGAAAGUCGCCGUGGUGGUUUUCGUCGUCAAGGGAAACUUGGUGUUAUUAGGUCGCCGCCGCUCAUCAAUCGGUCACUCCACCUUCGCUCUUCCCGGCGGCCACCUCGAAUUCGGUGAGAGUUUCGAAGGAUGUGCGGCGAGAGAGGUGAUGGAAGAGACGGGGCUGGAGAUAGAGAAGAUGAAGCUACUGACUGUAACAAACAACGUCUUCAAGGAAUUGCCGAAGCCAUCGCACUACGUCACUGUGUUCAUGCGUGCGACGCUUGUGGAUCCGAUUCAGGCGCCGGAGAAUCUUGAGCCGGAGAAGUGCGACGGUUGGGAUUGGUACGAUUGGUUGAAUCUCCCGACGCCUUUGUUCUGGCCGCUUGAGAAAAUGGUGAAGAGCGGAUUCGAUCCGUUUUUGUGAGUAAUUGGGACGAAAUGCUUCAAAAAGUGCAUUUGGUCUGGUGGUAUGAUUCUCGCUUAGGGUGCGCGAGGUCCCGAGUUCAAUUCUCGGAAUGCCCCUCUCUCUUCUCCUUUUUUUCUAAUUAUUUGUUGGUCUCUCUAAUUUUCCUAUUUUUCUUAAAUGCUGCAAAAAAGGGAAUUUGUUUGUUCCAUGUCUUGAGGAUUUUUAUAUAUCCAAUGUUUUGUAUCUACUAUCCACUCAAAAACUAUUGGAGAUGCGUGGUGUUUAUUUAUUAAGUAUAUACUAGGUAUUUACCUACGCUAUGCUGCGAGAUA